CAGGGAGGGGAAGCGGGGAGGAAGAUCACAAAGCUGGAGGAGGUGUAGGUGGAGAGUAGGAAGGGCCUGGUCCACACUCUGCCCGGGCUUGCUGCCAGGCCCUGGUUGCGCCCUUCGCAUCCCUGCCUCCCCAUCCCUACCUGUGUAGGGAGGAGGCGGGGCGGGGUGGUCCCUCCUGAUAGGAAUGGGCAAGAGCAAACUCCAGAACCCCCUAGCUAGGGGUCCCCUCGCUGGAGCCUUUCUCCACCAGGGCUGGAGGUGGGUAAAUCUUUAACUAGCUGGCCCAGGGCAGGCCCGAGCCUUUCCGGAUGGAUGGCUGCCUGCCUGAGAAGGGGGAAAGGGGGUGGCGGAUGUAGGGUGUGCAGAGCCAGUCCCAGCGCGUGGAAAAGGGAGAGAGUGGGGGAGAGAAAGGAACGGGGCUCGGGCGGAGCCAACUCCGUGUGCAAAGCAGGACAUGGAGAAGCGUGGCUCUCCCGACGGGGACCCCGCGCGGAGCCUGGAGCAGGGGCCAGAGGGGCUGGAGGGGCCAGAAACGCCCAUCCAGGUGGUGCUCAGGGUGCGCCCCAUGAGCACCGCCGAGCUGCGUCGAGGGGAGCAGAGCGCGCUGCACUGCUCGGGGACCCGGACUCUGCAAGUGAGCCCCCCGGGCGGCGGCCCGGACGUGGCGUUCCGCUUCGGCGCGGUGCUGGACGGGGCGCGCUCGCAGGAGGACGUGUUCCGGGCGUGCGGGGUGCGGCGCCUGGGGGAGCUGGCGCUGCGGGGCUUCUCCUGCACCGUCUUCACCUUCGGCCAGACGGGCUCCGGGAAGACCUACACCCUGACCGGGCCUCCUCCGCAGGGCGAGGGGGUGCCCGUCCCCCCCAACCUAGCUGGCAUCAUGCAGAGGACCUUCGCCUGGCUGUUGGACCGCGUGCAGCACCUGGGUGCACCUGUCACCCUCCGGGCCUCCUACUUGGAGAUCUACAAUGAGCAGGUUCGAGACCUCCUGAGCCUGGGAUCUGCCCGGCCCCUGCCUGUCCGCUGGAACAAGACCCGGGGCUUCUAUGUGGAGCAGCUGCGGGUGGUGGAGUUUGGGAGUCUGGGGGCCCUGAUGGAACUUCUGCAGAUGGGUCUCAGCCGCCGUCGGAGCUCAGCUCACACCCUGAACCAGGCCUCCAGCCGAAGCCAUGCCCUGCUCACGCUCUACAUCAGCCGCCAAACUAUGCCUCCAGCAGACCCUGGGGAGCCCCCCGUUGGGGGGAAGCUGUGCUUUGUAGACCUGGCUGGCAGCGAGAAGGUGGCGGCCACAGGAUCCCGCGGGGAGCUGAUGCUCGAGGCGAACAGCAUCAACCGCAGCCUGCUGGCCCUGGGUCACUGCAUCUCCCUGCUGCUGGACCCACAGCGGAAGCAGAGCCACAUCCCCUUCCGGGACAGCAAGCUCACCAAGCUGCUGGCAGACUCGCUGGGGGGACGCGGGCUCACCCUCAUGGUGGCCUGCGUGUCCCCUUCAGCCCAAUGCCUUCCUGAGACUCUCAGCACCCUGCGAUAUGCGAGCCGAGCUCAGCGGGUCACCACUCGGCCACAGGCCCCCAAGUCACCUGUGGCAAAGCAACCCCCGCGUUUGGAGAUUGAGAUACUGCAGCUCCAGGAGGAGAACCGUUGCCUGCGGGCCCAACUGGGGCAAAUAGACCCCAAGGCCUCAAGGCUCAGUGGGGCUCGGGUGGCCUGGGCCCAGCGGAAUCUCUAUGGGAUGCUACAGGAGUUCAUGCUGGAGAACGAGAGGCUCAGGAAGGAAAAGAGCCAGCUGCAGAGUAGCCAGGCCCGGGCCCGGGAUGAACAGCGCCUCCUGGCCCAGCAGGUCCACGAGCUGGAGCGGCGCCUCCUCUGUGCCUGCUACGGUCCCCAGCCACGCCCUGGCCCGGCCCCACCGUGUCCCUGUGUGAUGGUGCCAGCUGCCCCGUGCCCCGCCCUGCCACCCCUCUGCUGCUGCCCCUGCUGCCACCUCUGUCCCCUGUGCCGAGCACCCCUGGCCCACUGGGCCUGCCCACAUAGGGAUCUCCACCUGCCCCAGUGCCCAGCUUUGUGCCAGGCCCUGUUCGGGCACCGAGGAUUCAGACAUAGACCUGGUGUGAUUCCUGCCCUCAGGGAGUUCCUCAUCUCCAGGGAGGACAGUACGAAGGGAGGGCCACCCGAUGCCUGCAGAAAAGGGGACCCAGACCCUGCCCCUUUUGAGGUGAUGGGCCCUAAGGCCCCGGGUGACAUGCCCCUGUGUUCCCAGCCCCCGCCCUGGGUCCCCCCAGGCAACCCUGGCUCUGCCAAGUGUCCCAGAGAGAGGAGUCAUAGCGACUGGACUCAGACCCGAGUCCUGGCGGAGAUGCUGAUGGAGGAGGAGGUGGUACCCUCUGCACCCCCCCUGCCCAUGGGGACCCCAAACACGCCACCAGUGCUGAGAGGUGAAGAAGAGAGAGAGAGGGGGGCCCCUAGAGGUGGGGCUGCAGUUCCAAACCUGGCCCGGAGACUGGAGGCCCUCAGAGACCAGAUUGGCAGCUCCCUGCGACGCGGCCGGGGCCAGCCACCCCCCAGCGAGGCUGCACGGAGCCCCAGCCGCGUCCUCCCGCCCUGCUGAGGGCACAGCAGGAAGCCAGGAGUGCACCGUGUGACCUUGGCUGGGCUCUGCGCUCCCGGGCUCCGUCUCCCCGUCCACUCAGUGCAGCUGCUCUGGGCAGAGGGUAGUGCCCGGGGGCUGUGGGUAGGGACUGGUGAGAGCAGAGGGGAGUAGAGGGAGGGUGGGGCCCCAGACUGUGGGAGAUGACACUGGAUUUGGGAGAAGCCAGGAACAGGUGAUGAAAUAGAUGAAUAA